UCCUAACAAAUAGUUUGCUUUAUUCACCGGUUUUUGUUUUAAUUCAUGACAUUGGCGAAUCUUCGCAUAUCUUCGGUUUCAAGUCGGAAACGAUUAAAAGUGACACCGUUGCUACUCGUCGUCAUUCAUCCUGGGUCAUCAAAACACGGGACCAAGGUUGUACAGCGCUGUGUUUGAAGGUCCUCACCAUGGAGCUGGCUCACAGUUUGCUGCUCAACGAAGAUGCUUUGGCCCAGAUCACCGAAGCAAAGCGGCCGGUCUUCAUCUUUGAGUGGCUCCGUUUUUUGGAUAAAGUGCUUGUGGCUGCAAAUAAGGUGGAUGUGAAGGAGAAACAGAAGAAGCUGGUUGAGCAGCUUACAGGACUCAUCAGCAGUGCCCCCGGACCUCCAACAAGAAAACUUCUGGCCAAAAACCUUGCUACCCUUUACAGCAUAGGCGACACUUUCACUGUCUUUCAGACUCUGGAUAAAUGCAAUGAAAUCAUCAAAAGCAAGGAUGACACACCUGCAUACUUGCCAACAAAGCUCGCUGCUGUGGCCUGUGUGGGGGCUUUUUAUGAGAAGAUGGGCCGGAUGCUGGGAAGCUCCUUUCCAGACACAAUUAACAACCUUCUGAAGGCAUUAAAGAGUGCAGAGUCUCAAGGCAGAGGGGAGAUCCUCCUCAGCUUGCAGAAGGUGUUGAGCGGCCUGGGAGGAGCUGCAGCGUCAUGCCACAGAGAUAUCUACAAGAACGCCCGCUCUCUGCUGACAGACAGGUCAAUGGCUGUACGCUGUGCAGUCGCCAAGUGUCUGUUGGAGCUGCAGAAUGAAGCAGUCUUCAUGUGGACCACAGAACUGGAAAACUUGGCCACUUUGUGUUUCAAAGCACUAGAAGGGUCAAACUAUGGCGUGCGGGUGGCGGUGGCUAAACUGCUGGGGACGGUCAUGGCCACGGCCCUGAUGCCCAAACAAGCAGCUGUGAUGCGCCAGAAUAUAAAGCGGGCGACUCUGGAGGAGGUGCUGGAGCUCAUGGCCACAGGCUUCCUCCGCGGCGGCUCUGGCUUCCUGAAAAGCGGCGGAGAGAUGUUGAAAGGGGGAGCCUCUGUCAGCAGGGAGGUGCGAGUGGGUGUCACGCAGGCUUACGUUGUGUUUGUUACGACACUCGGUGGUCAGUGGCUGGAGCGCAACUUCGCCACGUUCCUCUCCCACGUCUUGGACCUGGUGUCUCACCCCCGAGCCACACAGACGCACGUUGAGGCCGUGUACUCACGGCGCUGUGUGUCUUUCAUGCUACGUGCCACCCUUGGCGGCUUACUCGGAGAGAAAGCGCAAAUAGCAGCCGGCAAAGAAAUCUGCCAAGCCAUCAGCAAGCAAAUGAGGGCUGUGGGUAAGGAGGAUGGGGGGGAAAUAUCACGGUUCAGAGCAUUACAGAAGGCUGUAGUGAAUGACAUCAGUGGAGAAAACAAGGUGGGGGCAGCUGAUGUCUCGGCCAGCCAGCACGUCAUGGUGUGUGCCCUCAAAGAGUUGGGCAGCUUAGUUCAGAGUUUGAGCGCCACGGCUUCACCGCUCAUCCAGGAACCGUCUAUAGGCCUUCUUGACACUGUGACCUCAGUGCUGCUGCACCCGAGCAUGGCAGCACGUUUGGCGGCAGCCUGGUGCCUGCGCUGCGUCGCCGUGGCGCUGCCCUAUCAGUUGACCCCCUUGCUGGACCGCUGCGCUGAGAGAAUCAACAACCUGAAGAGCUCGCCGGAGGCCGUGAGCGGCUACAGCUUUGCCAUGGCUGCUCUGCUGGGAGGCGUACACCAGUGCCCCCUCGGCAUUCCUCACUCCAAGGGCAAGUUGGUGGUGAGCAUCGCCGAAGAUCUCCUGCGGACGGCAGCUCAGAACAGUCGCCUCUCUCUCCAGCGGACGCAGGCUGGAUGGCUCCUACUGGGAGCCCUCAUGACUUUGGGUGCCUCGCUCGUGCGUUAUCAUCUCCCCAAAAUGCUCCUGCUGUGGAGGAAUGUGUUUCCUCGCUCCCAGAAGGAGCUGGAGGCUGAAAAGGCCCGGGGAGACGCCUUCACCUGGCAGGUGACCCUGGAGGGCCGAGCUGGAGCUCUCUGCGCUAUGCGCAGUUUUGUGGCACACUGUCCCGAGCUUCUCACUGAAGAUGUGAUCCGCAGACUGAUGACUCCUAUUGAGUGUGCAAUGACCAUGAUGUCACAUGUUCCUGCAAUCAUUAAGGUCCACGGCGCUCACCUGAAAGCCAGUGCAGCCAUGGUGAGGCUGAGGUUGUACGACAUUUUGGCCCUCUUGCCUCCCAAGACUUAUGAAGGCAGCUUCAAUGCUCUGCUGAGGGAGCUGGUGGCAGAGUUUACUUUGACUGACAACUCGGCCAACACCACCACCUCCUUGCUGCGCUCUCUGUGCCACUAUGACGACAGCGUGCUCAUGGGCUCCUGGCUGCAAGAGACUGACCAUAAGUCCAUAGAGGAUCAGCUGCAGCCCAACAGUGCAUCAGGCAGUGGAGCUCUGGAACAUGAUCCCUCCUCAAUCUACCUGCGUGUCCCUGUCGGGGAGGCCAUUCCCGGGCCUCUCCCUUUGGGUGUGUCUGUCAUUGAUGCUUCAGUGGCUCUGUUCGGUGUGGUUUUCCCUCACGUGUCCUUCAAGCACAGACUGCAGAUGCUUGACCACUUCGCUGAGUGCAUAAAGCAGGCUAAAGGAGUUCGACAACAGGCAGUCCAGCUGAACAUCUUCACUGCAGUACUUAGCGCCCUCAAGGGUUUGGCUGAGAACAAGAGCACUCUGGGUCCCGAGGAGGUGCGUAAGUCAGCUCUGGCUUUAGUGAUGGGAGCUUUGGACAAUCCUAAUCCCAUCCUGCGCUGUGCUGCCGGCGAGGCUUUGGGCAGGAUGGCACAGGUGGUGGGAGAGGCUACGUUCAUCGCCAGGAUGGCACAGACCAGCUUUGACAAACUGAAGUCUGCUCGGGAUGUGGUUUCAAGGACGGGUCAUUCACUGGCUCUUGGCUGUCUGCAUCGAUAUGUUGGAGGAAUUGGCUCUGGUCAGCACUUAAAGACCAGUGUCAGCAUCCUGUUGGCUCUCGCCCAGGAUGGCUCUUCUCAUGAGGUCCAGACCUGGGCUCUACACUCCCUGGCUCUGAUUGUGGACUCAAGUGGUCCGAUGUACAGAGGCUAUGUGGAGCCGACUUUGUCCCUGGUUCUUACCCUGCUGCUUACGGUGCCCCCGUCUCACACUGAAGUGCACCAGUGUUUGGGCCGCUGUCUCGGGGCUCUCAUCACCACUGUGGGGCCAGAGCUGCAAGGCAACGGAGCCACAAUUUCCACCAUCCGCUCUUCCUGCCUGGUCGGCUGUGCCAUAAUGCAGGACCAUUCCGACUCCCUGGUGCAGGCAGCUGCCAUCUCGUGUUUGCAGCAACUGCACAUGUUCGCUCCCCGCCACGUCAACCUGUCCAGCCUGGUGCCCUGCCUCUGUGUGCACCUGUGUAGCUCUCACCUGUUGCUGCGCCGUGCUGCCGUGGCCUGCCUGAGGCAGCUUGCUCAGAGAGAAGCUGCGGAGGUGUGUGAAUACGCCAUGAGCCUGGCGAAGAGAGCGGGAGACAGCAAAGACAACACCGCGAUCAAUCUGAACAUCACGGAAACUGGCCUGGAGGGCGUUCUGUUUGGCAUGCUGGACCGAGAGACGGACAGGAAGCUCUGUUCUGACAUUCAUGACACACUUGGCCACAUGCUGUCCUCUCUCGCUGUCGAAAAGCUUUCUCAUUGGCUGAAACUCUGCAAAGAUGUCCUCGCAGCGACUACAGACGUAGGAGGAGCCGUUACAUUCGAGGUGGAAAAAGAUGAGGAGGACUCAGAGAAGAAAGAUGAGAUGGACGACGACACCAUGUUCACCGGCCUGGGCGACGACGACAAGUCCAAACCCUCCGUGGCGCCUCGCUGGGUGACGCGGGUGUUUGCCGCAGACUGCUUGUGCCGUAUUAUCCUGCUGUGUGAGAAUGCAGAUAAAGCACACUUCGACUUGGCGUCUGCUCGCUCUGCGCAGGCCAAGAACCCCAAAGGCGAUCUGCUGGUGCUCCAUUUAUCUGACCUCAUCCGCAUGGCGUUCAUGGCUGCCACAGACCACAGUAACCAGCUGAGGAUGGCUGGCCUGCAGGCCCUAGAGGACAUCAUUAAAAAGUUUGCAUCUGUACCAGAGCCGGAGUUUCCGGGGCACGUUAUUCUGGAACAGUACCAGGCCAAUGUUGGAGCCGCGCUCAGACCUGCAUUUUCACCCGAUACACCAUCUGACAUAACAGCCAAAGCUUGCCAGGUGUGCAGUACGUGGAUUGGCAGCGGCGUGGUCAGUGACCUCAAUGACCUGCGACGAGUCCACAAUCUUCUGGUGUCGUCGCUGGACAAGGUGCAGGCUGGGAAGGGCUCAUCCAGCCAGCUCUACAGCGAGAGCGCCACCACCAUGGAGAAGCUGGCCGUGCUGAAAGCGUGGGCGGAGGUGUACGUGGUGGCAAUGAAAAUCAAAAAAGAGGCCGAAUCCAAGCCGGCCAAACCAGUCAGAAAUGUAGACGAGGACGAGGAGGACCUGAACGCCGACGUUCUUCCGCCCGACAGUCUCAUCACGCUGGUGCAACCGGAGCUGCCCUCGCUGAGCCGCCUGUGGCUGGCCAUGCUGCGAGACUACGCUCUGCUCACUCUGCCGGCCGAGUUCUCCAGUCAGCUCCCGGCCGACGGUGGAGCAUUCUACACCCCAGAGACUAUAGACACAGCGAGGCUUCAUUAUCGCGGCUCCUGGGCCCCCGUCCUGCAUGCAGUGGCCUUGUGGCUGAACAGCACUGGGUUUGGAGCAGGCGAAGAGCAGGAGGACGUCACUCCAGCGCUCUCCAAGGCCGCUGUCCUCCCUCACGGAGGCUCAGCCACGGCAAAGAGCUUUGAGGAGUCUGUCAAAGACCGGAUGCAUCUAAUGUUAGGUGUCAGCAUCGAGUUUCUUUGCUUCCCCCGGCCGGAGGAGCCCAUUGAACAUGUGAUGUCCUGCCUGCAGGCCCUGUGCACUCUGCUGGAAUCCCCCUGUGCGAAAACCCAUAUAGCAGAAGACCAGCUGCUUGCAGUGGAGCUCCUGAAUGUGCUCCACCGGCUGCUUCUGACCCGGGAUCCCCCUGCCGUCCAGCUCCAAGUCACUGCUGUGGUGCAGGAAACCAUCAGAGCUGCACAGGACCAUAUGCAGCAACAGAGGACCAACAAGGGCAAAGAGGAAGAGGAGGAGAAAGAGUCUCAGGCCAUCCUGGGGGAAGGAGGAGACACCGGGGAGCUGGUUCCCGGCAAGUCUCUGGUGUUUGCAGCCAUGGAGCUGCUCGUCUUCAUCCUGGUCCGUCACUUACCGCAGCUUAAUACCCGCGUGAAGGAGUCGCCCAGCCAUGUGCCGCUCAGGCCUCAGCGACUUCCCGAAGAAAGCGCUCGCCUGGUGGCAAACACGGUUUCCAUCCUGGCAGAGCUGCCCUCGCUCUGCUCCCCCGCUGGAAGCAUGACCAUCCUACCCACAGUGCUCUUUCUGAUCACCGGGGUUCUGAGGGAAACUGCAGUAAAGACUCCUGACAGCUCUGUACCCGUGCCUGUAUCGGCGGCCCUGCAGGGCAUCAAGACCAUCAUCACCUCUCCACUGGCCCGGGAGGAGAGCAUGCAGGCAGAGUGGACUGGCCUCGUGAGAAGCAGCCUCGCAUCUGUACUCGAGUACUCACAGCCAGAUGAGUCCAGGCCCGACAUGGAUGAAGUCAGUAUGUUGACGGCGAUCACACUCUUCCUGCUGUCGGCCAGCGGCGAGCUCGUCGGAGUGACCGUGCUGCAGAAGGGCUGCAUAGAGCGCUUCCAGAACGCCCUCAACUCCAGUGAUCCCGGGCUUCAGGCUCGGUGUUACCAGCUGCUGCUGUCAGUGUUUCAACACUCCAGCCGAGCGCUCUCUACCCCUUACAUUCACGCUCUGGCUCCACCCAUGGUGGAGAAGCUGAAGGCGGUGGAGCGCAGUCGGCCUGGGACCGCCGCCGAGCUGCAGGCUGUGAAGGAGGGCAUCAGGGUCCUGGAGAAUCUGGUCAGCAUGGGUGAAGAGCAGAAUAGGGUGCAGUUGUUGGCUCUUCUUGUGCCGACUCUUGUCUCUUACCUUUUGGAUGAAAAUGCCAUCUCCUCUGCUCCCCAAGUCUCCAAAGGCCUGCAUGACUUUGCCCUUCAGAACUUGAUGCGAAUCGGCCCCCUCUACCCAGCUGCCUUCAAGACCGUAAUCGGUGCAGCGCCUGAGCUCAAAACGCGUUUGGAAUCAGCCAUUAGAGCCAACCAGGCCAGCAGCAAAGCCAAAGCUGCAGCCAGACAGGCUCAGCCCGCUGUACAAGCCACACCAACCAUUAAACUCAAGACGAGCUUCUUCUAAACUCUCCUGAAGUGCACUGUAAACUGUCACAACCUAAAGUCUUUUGAUUUGUGCUGUUUUCUGUGACCAGUGUCCCACAUGAAGUGUCUGUAUCAAUGACAGUUUCUUAAAUGUAUUUAUUUAUUCCGUCUCAUCUUUAUUUUAAUGGAUGUGUCUCUUCUUCAAGUCAAGAAGGAAAGUUAUGUAAAUAUCAUCAUAAAGCAUCUGAAUGUUCACUCACUUUUAAAAAGCUUGCUUUAAUGUCGUAUUGAUCAUUUGAAUGUAUCAUAUUCAGACUUAAUGCACAAGGACAUACUUAGCAUUUUAAUUUCAGGUCAUCGACCCCCCACUAUCAGAGAAGUUUUAUGUUUACUGUGCCAUUUUCUAUGUGAUUUAACAUCAACUUGAGCAUGGUUAAUAUUAAAUUCUUUACGUUGUAAUUAUGCGUGUCUCUUUAACGAUGCUCAUUUAGUGUUUGGCCUUCGGGUCUUAUGAUUAGCACCAAUGGAUGUUUAUUUCAUUACUUUUUUUUUCUUGUGUUUUGUUUGGAAAUCAUGUUGGAUACAUUCCUGCCUAAUAUUCUGGAACAAAAACUGGAAAAAAAAAUACUUUUCAUCACUUUUUCUUUUUAACAGAAAUGUUGUUUUAGUCGUUACAGAUGAUUAAUUUUAUUCCUUUUCUGAUGGUGUGGGUUUACCUGCUCAUGAUGCUGGAUUGUUUUUGUGUUUGCUUCAUAUCGCACAUGCUGUGUUGCAUUUAAAUUGAUUAUUUUGAGAGGUAUAGAUGGCUUCACGCGCAUCACGAGUAAGCUUUUAAUCGGCAGAUUUCAAACGAAAUGAUCCACCUUUAUUAUUUCCAAAUGUGAAUAAAGUUGCCUUGACCUCA